UUCCAUGACAUGAUCCUCCUGGUGGAGACGUCCGACUUGACUGCCAGGGUCUGACGGUGGACCGAGUGUACUUUCCUUAAUCUCCGUAAAACUCACUACUGUUGCUCUGCGUGAGCCUAAAAAGCUGUGAAAAUGAUUAAAAACGGCCACCACGACACGGAGGAGCAAGUUGGGGGAGGCGACCGUAAUAAUACACCGGCUGCUUCGGGGUGCAGCCCGGAGAAAAGGAAGCGAGUUGUUCGGCUGUGGUGUGACGGCUGUUAUGAUAUGGUCCACUAUGGUCACUCAAAUCAACUGCGGCAAGCUAAAGGAAUGGGGGAUUACCUCAUUGUUGGAGUGCAUACAGAUGCUGAAAUCUCCAAGCACAAGGGCCCACCAGUCUUCACUCAGGAAGAGCGCUAUAAGAUGGUGCGAGCUAUCAAGUGGGUGGAUGAGGUUGUUGAAGGAGCACCCUACGUUACAACCCUGGAGACUUUAAACAAAUUCAACUGUGACUUCUGUGUGCAUGGAGACGAUAUCACGCUGACUGUGGAUGGCAAGGACACGUAUGACGAAGUGAAGAGGGAAGGACGUUAUCGGGAAUGUAAACGCACUCAGGGGGUCUCCACCACAGACCUUGUGGGACGUAUGCUCCUCAUGACCAAAUCACAUCAUAGCAACUUGGAUAACCCAGAUUAUCAGCAGCAUACAGACAAUUUUGGGAAGGGACCUAAAGGCCACAGUCCGUGGACUGGAGUGUCUCAGUUCUUACAAACGUCCCAGAAGAUCAUACAAUUUGCCUCAGGAAAGGAGCCUCAACCCGGAGACACCAUCAUCUACGUGGCUGGGGCAUUUGACCUCUUCCACAUUGGUCAUGUUGACUUCCUGGCGAUGGUGUACAAGCUGGCAAAAAAGCCCUAUAUCAUUGUUGGUCUGCAUUUUGACCAGGAAGUGAAUCGGUAUAAGGGAAAGAACUAUCCAAUCAUGAACGUUCAUGAAAGGACCCUGAGCGUCCUGGCCUGCCGGUACGUGUCAGAAGUGGUGAUUGGUGCACCCUACGCUGUGACCAAAGACCUAUUGGAUCAUUUCAAGGUGGACAUCGUUUGUCAUGGCAUGACAAAAGUAUUCCCUGACAAGGAUGGAACAGAUCCCUAUGCUGAGCCUAAGAGGAGAGGGAUAUUUAAGACCAUUGAUAGCGCAAACAAUCUCACUACUGAUGACAUCGUCAAGAGGAUCAUUGAAAACAGGCUGCAGUUUGAAGCUCGGAACCAGAAGAAAGAGGCCAAGGAGAUGGCGGUGAUUGAGGCCAUGAAAAGGAAAGAAGAGCAGGGUGAAACAGCUCAAUAGAGAAAUGGAACUCUAGGACUCUACUCUUGUAUUUUGGAUUGGCCGACUCUGGUACGUGGGUGAGCUGAACUAGGGUUGAAGAUCAACACUGUCUCAACAAGCUGCAGCUGCAUUUCAUCCAGCUGGACAAAGAAGCUUGUCUGGGCACAGGAUCCUGGUUUGUGUCUCUGUGCUCUGGUUUCUCUCCAUACUCUGCUUUUGAACCACAUUUAGCUGUUUUUACCGCUAUAUUUUAACACAAAAUUUAUUGCAAUAUACAACUAGUAUGUAAAAUCUGUAAUUUAUUGGAAAAUUAUAAAUUGUCACUUAUAUUGACAUUUUAAAUGAGUUUUUACAAAUAGUCUGUUCUAGACCUGUGGCGCUAAUGGUUCAUUUUAGCACAAUAAGAAUGAUAAGGGACUAAGUUUUUGUUAGUCUUAUUCAUCAUAAAAAAACACAAUUCCAUUUUAAAUGGUCUUAGUUAUUAUCUUAUGAACUGGAUUUUUAGCUACUUUUUAGCUCCUAUUCACUUACCUGAAUUUUUGUGUGCGUGUGUCCUGCAUCAUUAAAGGAAUGGUGGUUUGGCUUGUUAAAAACCUCACAGCCACAUUCCUAAAGCUAUAAAAUGACAGGGUUAUAUGUAAACUAAUUCGGAUGUCGACUACAUGUCUCAACAGUUUUCUUAGUCCCCUGAGCAAAGUGCUUUGGAAAAAAAUGUAUGUUCAAGGCUUUGCAUGUUCCAAUGACAGAACAAUGUUAGUGAACAUUGUUUAUUUUUUCAGACAAUAUAUUUCUAAAGGGCGCCUGUAGGGUUCAGAGAAAUAGCUUAUGAGAUUAUUUAAGUCUUCAACAUACUGAUAAUUCUAAUGUAUAAAUUAAUAAAUCUGCCAUCUUGCAAAGAAUUGUAUGUUUUUU